AUGGACGCUGUGCCGUCUGCUCCAAUGCCUGUUAAACGGAAAUCUGGCGACCCGCACCCUCGGCGCACUCAUACGUCUGUGCGUGACCCUGGGUCGAAACCUUCCUUAGCUUCCUCCCCCACGGAGGUGUCCAGAUCUCCAGCAGACGCGCCUAUGGAGUUUGCAAGUGUGCCCACGCCCCCUCCUCCCUGUGACCGGCUGGAUUGGUCGGCGGAUGUGGAGGACCCGGAUGACGGGACUUCAACCCGUGACUGUCCGAAACGUAGUCGCCCUGUGCAACUACCACGGACAGACGGUCAGGACGAGGUGACGUGGGCGGCGGUCGCGCUUGGCGCCUCCCCCGCACGUGCUAGUCGUGUGUCUGUUCCUGAAAUUGUAGACGACGUUGUUGAUAUGGACGUUACACCUCCCGUUCUUGUUGCUGAUGGCUCCCCGGCGUUGCCUGUGCUUUCUGUGCCUGUGCAAGUAGCGGCCCCCGUGCCUGCUCCGCCGGCUGUUGAUGAACUUGGGCUACCGAUUGUGUCUGACCCCGUACCGGCAGCUGUAACGCUGUCCGUAUCGGAACCUGUUCCCGAGGCUGCUCCCUCUGUUGUACCUAAGAAUGUGUCCGAUGCUGCCACCGUUGUUGUUGACCGUGAGGAGCGUCUUGACGCCCCCGCGGAACCCAAACCGCGUAGGGAACGGCCGACUGAGAGGGCUGAGAACGUGACUCGCAUUCGCAGCGCUAGCAUUUCGGGUGUUUCUUCUCGUAAGGCGCGUACGCCGUCCCCGGUGGUGACUUGCGUCCCACCAUACAAGUCCACCUCUAAACAGAAAAAGUUACAACGGGCCUCGCAGCGCGCAGUUGUUGACUCGCGGCAGGCGUCGGCUUCCGAUCGCCGUCGGCAGCGGCCUGCCGCUUGCAGUCAGCCUGCGGCGUCCGUGAGUUCCGCGGAAUCCAAGCGGGACGAGAAAGUUCGUCAGCUUAAGGUUCUGCUUACUCAAACGGAACCUGUCGUGGCAAGCGAUAUGGCGAUGGACGUUGUUUCGAGCGUGUCGCCUGCACAUUUGGCAGGCAAACGCAAAUCGGACGACUCACAUUGCCGUCGCAUCCGGCCGCCCUCACAGGAUUCUGGAUCUGAUUCUGCCGCCGGCGCUGGACCUGCCACGGCGGCUCCUUCCGGUGCCGCUGUUAGUAUGGGCACGGACGUGGUUCCGCCCCCCGUAUUUUCUAGUGAAAAGUGUGACUGGGCGGCGGAAGUGGAGGUGGAACACGGGACUGGCCCCGGUACGUGA